UGGUUGUAUGUAUCUUUGUCGAUUCUCUCACUUUACUCUUUCUCUUUCCUUUUCUUUCUUUCUUCCAUAACUUUUCUUAUUAUUUUUCAGCUCCAAUAUUCACUCAUAAUAAUGCAAGAACAUCAUCAACAACUAUCCACUCAUGAAGCUUCCAAUAUUUCCAUUCAGACUGAGACCGGGCUAAACAAAGAAAUUUCAGAUAAUGGAUCCAGCGGGAAGCGUCCAGAUAUUUCACUUCAAGUUCCACCUAGACCUUUGGGGUUUGGCAGCACAGCUGGUGGAAGGGUUCUGGACCAUUCUCAAAGUUUCUCUAAAGGGAUAUCAUCACCAAAAGACAUUUUGCGGGUUUUGAGCUUCAAAAGAAAAUCGAAUGUAGUCGAUGGUGAAAGAAGCAGCCUCCUUAAUUCAGACUUUAAGACAGCUGCAGACAGUACUAAUAUGGCCUCCAUAUCUGAAAUUUCAUGGUCAAGAUGUAAUUCUCUUCCUGUUUCACAUGCACCAAAUCUGUCCCCUUCAGUUGUUACGCCUGUUUCUGCAAGGACAUAUAAUGAACAACAGAUUAAGCCACAUAAAGAUGCUAAAUCUAAGGUUUCAAGGUGCCUAACAAUACCUGCACGAAAUGUUGUUAUUGUAAGAUCUGUCUCUUUUAAUACCCGCACUGACCAAGAACAACAAGAUACAAAUGACGAUCAAAUAACUCCUGUGCCAGUAGAAGUUACUGAGGAUGAAGAAAUUCCUGAAGAGGAAGCGGUGUGCAGGAUAUGUCUUGAUGUGUGUGAUGAAAGAAAUACCUUUAAAAUGGAAUGCAAUUGCAAAGGUGACCUGAGAUUGGUGCAUGAAGAAUGUUUAAUCAAAUGGUUCACCACCAAAGGAACCAAGAAAUGUGAAAUAUGCGGGAAAGAGGUUCAGAAUUUACCUGUAACCUUGCUCCGCAUAACCAGCACUGUUCAACAAAGAAACGGACAGAAUCAGCGCAACUUAAGUUCAGAAGCAAUAAGUGCUUGGCAAGACUUUGUGGUGCUUGUCCUGAUAAGCACGAUAUGCUAUUUUUUCUUCCUUGAACAGCUACUGCUUCCUGAUUUGAAGACUCAAGCUAUCAUUAUAUCAGCACCAUUUUCUUUUACCUUGGGCCUCUUGGCAUCUGUUUUUGCAAUCGUCCUUGCAAUCAGAGAGUAUAUAUGGACAUAUGCCGCUCUUGAGUUUGCACUUGUGGCUGUAACUGUGCAUCUCUUUUAUACUUUGUUGCAUUUGGCGCCCAUUUAUUCGAUACUACUUUCAUCGAUUUGUGGUUUUGGAAUUGCUAUGGGAAUCAACUAUAUGUAUAUCCAGUAUGUGACAUGGAGACUUCAGGUCUCUAUUAAUGAUAGCCCAGUAUGAAUCUCCUCUGGAAGAAAACAUCUUCAUGGAUUUUCUUUGUAUCUACCGGCGUUUUGGCCUUCUAUCACGGUGUCAGUGUCUAAUACAAACCUCGAGUUUGUCGGUCAACUAGUUAUAGACUUGUGCAAUGCACAGUGACGUUCGACUAUUAUGAACUUAGUGCAACAUAAAGUGUUAAAAUUAAUGUGUAGAAAAUGGAAUGUGAAGAUAUAAGUAGUUGUAGUAAGCAUGAAGCAUGAGAUACAAUACGAAUGUAGAUUUGAAUCUAUGAAUGGCAGUAGCAAAAUUGCAUUGCAGCAAAGUUAAACUGCAAAGAAAAA